AUGGAAAUAGCUAUUAGCAGAUUACAGAAUGUAGAUAGAAUCGAAGCUAGCUCUGUGAAGGAAAUAUCUUCUGCUUUAUCAAAAAUUCCCUUAGAGAUUCCUUCACCACAGGAGAUGCGGCCGGGAACCAUUCUUGUACCAGUCAUAGAUCACGACCUGCAACGCCUGGGAUUAACUUCAACAACGUUUCGCCCAAAGGCUGUAAAAAAGGCGUUGCGCACUGAGGAAUCCGCGUUGAAAGUGAUAGCCAAAAAUGUUGACGUGAAAAACAUGGAUUCUGGUAACUGGUUAGCUUAUGAAGCCGCGGCACUGGGUCAGAGGAACGCGGAAACAGAUGUUAAUGUGAUCAAGAGAGUUGUCCAGCAAGAGUAA